AUGAACGCACAAGAUCAUUUUAUAAGCGAACGACAUCAAAGUGCUUUACUUCAAUAUAUUUGUAAAAAUACUUCACAUUCGAUGAUUAAUCAAUCAUUAGUAUCUUCUCCUACAACAGUAACUACCGAUACAGAAACUGAUGAGAAUUCUCAUGCAAAUCUUCAACAAUUAUUUGAAACAACGAAUAUUCUAUUGAGUAGUAUUAAUGUGUUAAAUGAUGAUAUUCAACGUGUCAGUUCAGAGUUGGUGCAUCAUCAAACUUCAGCACGGUCCGUGUCUGAAGAAUUAUCAAAAUUGAAAAUUUCUAUUGAAGAAACAAAUUCAUCGAUGGAUACCUAUCAAAUCAAUCAACAAACACUUGAAGAAAGUUUCAAUUCACUUCAUAAACAGCUUGAAGAUCAAAAGAAUAUUUCCACUGAUGGCAAACUAAUAUGGAAAAUUACAAAUGUUCAACAAAAAAUAGCUGCUGCUCAGUGUGAACAACAAGUAUCUAUUUACUCUCCUGUAUUCUAUUCAUCACCAAAUGGUUAUAAAAUGCGACUUCGUCUCUAUCUGGCCGGUGAUGGUAAUGCUAGACGUACUCAUAUGUCUCUUUUUUUUGUACUUAUGCGUGGAGAACAUGAUGCUCUGCUUGAGUUUCCAUUCAGUUUCAAAGUAAUAUUUUGUUUACUUGAUCAAACAUUUCAACAACGACAUAUUAUCGAUUCAUUUCGACCUGAUGUAAAAUCAAAUAGUUUUCAAAGGCCUCGAUCAGACAUGAACUUAGCUUCUGGUAUACCGAAAUUUGUACCUUUAACAAUGAUCCAACAAGAUAACAAUCCCUAUGUUCGUGAUGAUACUAUGUUUAUCAAAGCCUUAAUUGACUUUGGGAACAUACCAAAACCACUUGUAUCAUAUACAUUAAGUCUCAAUCCUGGUUUGCCAUUUCUAGUUCAACAAGAAUGGAUCAGACGUGAACUUGAAAAACGAACACAAGAAAAAUUAUUAAAUACAACUCACACAUCUACAUCUAUUAACCAUGAUAUGAAUACGAAUGAAAAUGGAAAUAAUGGUUAA